CGAAUUGAGUUCUUAACUGUUAUACACCAUUAGAAUUUAUUAGUAAAUGACACAAUGUGCCCAUCAGGCAGCUGGCAGCUUCGUUUUCACAUCUGUUUCUCGUGAUAAACUACAGCCAACUUCCAUAUAUAACAACCGCCAUUACAAUUUGAAAAACGAAAAAUUUACUCUACGAUCUAAUUAUUUGUACAUACACACCAAAUAGAACUUGUUUACAAUUCCAAGCUACUAAUUGGAAAUGGGUGCUAAGCAAACCAAAAUUGAUGGCAUAUAUUUGCCGGAGACACCUAACGCAGAAACCGCUGCGUCUUUUGCGCCGUGUACUUUAGGUGCAAUGGCAUUAGAAGGAAACAUUGAUAUUCAAGAUCCCCGUUCUCCAAAUGUCUGUAGAACACCUAUUAAUAUAUUUACUUCAAAAAGCGAAUGUGCCGACGAAGACAAAAAUGUGAAAACAAACCGCGAUACAGAAAGCACAGUUGGUCAGCUACGUAGGAGAUUUUUGAAAGGAUUCACUUAUAAUUUGAAUGACCCACGUUCACCUGCUCAUCAGUUCAAUCGUUCACCAUUAUGCUUCGACGACUCGCAAGAUAAAAUCCUAAACCUGGAUGAUACAUUUUCAGAUUUAUUCGCUGAGACCCAAGGUCAAUGUAAAGUAACUGAACAGAAGAUAUCAAAUUUAGUAGAUACAAUAGAAGAUUUUCCUCAAAAAGAAAAAAUUAUGACAAAUGAAAAAUUAACUUACGAUGAUUUUCUGUGUGCUGAUGAAAAAUCUAUUUCCAACACUAAAGUUGUAGUAGUUGCGGAAGAAAAUAAAGAAAGUUCAUUAGGAGUUGUAGAGGAAUAUAUUCCUGUAGAAAAGGAAGAUUUAAAGCUUCCAGAUACUCCUCCGCCACAACUCACACCAAAGAUUUUACAGGAUGAGUGUGAUCCGCGUUCGCCAACAAUCGGCGUUGAUCGUACACCCAUUAUAUUUAAUGAUGAUGAUGAAGCUAAUGAGGGUGUCUUAUUAGAAAGCAUAUUGGCUACACUUUCGCUUGAUAUGAGUGACACUAGCAUUUGCUCCAUUCCAACAAAUAAUGAAAAGACCACUCCCGUAGGAGGAACAAAUCGAACCGAUCGUCAAGGGCAACUUUUCAGAAAAAUCACUCACAAACGCAUGCGUCGUGCACAGGGUAAUGAAAAGAUACCAUUGGUAACGCGUCGCGUCAUAAAAGAUUUACAAAGCACACCGCAGCGCGUAUUUGAAGAUUCUGAAAACGAACCAAAUUUGAAUGCAGCAAAAUCACUAAAAUUGAAACAAAAGAAUGAAAACGGCAUUAAAAGGACGCCCCUAAGUUGUUUGAAAAAUAGUAAUAUUAAUGCAAGAGUUGCGGCAGAUAAAACUAAACUCAUCAAAACUCGUUUGGAAUAUGCCGCUGAUGAGGGUAUGAACUAAAAGAGUAGUGCUCCAACUGGCAGCAAUUAAUUUUGCUUGGGUGAAUUUUUUUUAGCAAAUUACUUCAACAAAGUAAAAUGUAUUAAACAUAAUACACAAAUAUCACACUGAUACGAAAUAUUUAUUUAUGUUGCACUUACCCUAUAUGUCAGAAAAUAAAAAAGUCUGAGAUUUUGCCUAAAUUGGCAUAUAUUUUUAAUUUUUUUUUAUACUUUCAAUAAAAUAAUAAUUAUGAAAAUGAAAAAA